AUGACCUGUGCCACUGGCAUGCUGGUGCAGGUCUUUCUGGAACCAAGUCUAUGUACCAACUAUGCCUACUUGUGUAAGGCCUAUGGGAUACCAGAGAAGGAAGCCUUCCUUUCUGGCUAUGGUCGUGUGAAAAACACUGAAGCUGGAGACGACGAACAAGCACGGCUGUUUCUUUCCCGAGACCUCUUUGAUGUCAACCCUCUUGGAGCGCGUGCAGUGCAAUUUGCACUGCAUCACAGGAUGUUCUGGAAUAAGAAGCUGAUGAGCGUUUUUCUCAGCAUGGCAAACGAAGUGCGGCUUGUUUUGAAGACAGGCAAGCCGUGA